GCGCGGGGACACCAAAGGGCGGGACCCCGGCCGAGAGCGCCUUUUGGCGGCCCCUCCGCGCUGUGACCCGGCCCCGAUUGAUCCCCGCACCUUUGCCCACCAGUCCCAGCCCCCUGGAGCUGAGGCCAGACACUUCCCACUGCUGCCGGCGGUUACCGAUCGCUUUCAUUAGCGCCCCUUUUCCUGCUCUGCUGACACACUGAGGCCACUUCCUACACCAUCACCACCACCCACAGGCCUUUGCCGGCCACGUCUCGACUCCCCCGAUCGUUACUGCCACUUCCCAGGCCACAGCCUUCUCUGGCCACAUCCCAACACUUGCCCUGUCCCCGACGGACCAUUAGCGGCUUCUUCUGGACCUUUCAGAGAUAAGCGAGUGGACCUUGGCAGUGUAGGGCCCAGUCCUAUGGGAACAAGGGAUGGGGGUUUCAGAUUGCAGUCCUUGGUUCCACGGGCUUAGAUGCCGCCUCCACAGGCACCCGGAUAUGAAUAUGACCCUAGGGAGGCCCACCCCAGGGUAUCCAGAGCUGAGAAAAGACAGAGGUUUUACAGGCCAUCAAAGAUUCGGUGGUGUCCUCUCUAGGGACUUCCCUCUACCAGAGGAGCUUAAAAAAACUCUCUUGUGUUCCCAGGAGGAUGGCAGAUGGUGGGCAAGCUUUCGAAACCAUGUCGCUGGGGACAUUAAGCUUGGAGAAAGUGACAGUAGGGAUACAGUUUUGAAGUGACCAAAGGGUUGACUUGUGGAAGGAUGAGACCUUGUUCUGUUUUCCUGGAGAGUGUGUGGAGGUUACUGCGAGGCCCGUUUCAGCUUGGUGGAAGGAUAAAUUGAACACUGAGAACUGCCUAUCUCUGGAGGGAGUAAGCAAGAGCCAGUCCAGGUAGUUUUUGAAGGAGAGUAAGGAUUAGAGUGUGUGAUGCCAGCGUCCCUUCUGAGCCUGAAAUUUCUUGAUACUCUUGAGUUCUCUUUCCUCUUGUGGGAGUUUGAAAGCCACUUGUUAAAUUCUCUUUUUGACUUUUGGAAACUUGCCCAGCUCUGGGAUUCUACAUGUUAAGAUUAAUUUUGGGCUGUCAAGGUGACAGUUCCUUAAUUUGAGUUCCAUUAUUACUACACCAACCGCCUUAUUUGUAUAGCUGUCCUUGACACCCAGAGCUUUUUCACACCGGUUAUUUAAUUCUAUCUUCUGUGUGAUCUAUCUCUUCACGUUAACUAUGGGACUUACUCUGAAGUUUUGCUCCCCUCACUUUUGGAUUUUGAAACACACUUUUCAGCUUUCUGGAAAACUCUUUUGAAGCAUACCAUUUGCUUAACCCUGCUGGGUCACAUGCUCACUCAUGGGAUUCUGAAAUAAUCUAUUCCUUGUGUUUAUUUUAGGGUCAAGGGACUGAUGUUUGAAGGGAAAGCUUCAAAACUUUUUAAAGAAACCUUCAGAAUGGCUUUGAACCCGACAAGCUAGACAUCGCUUCAGAGCACCGCCUUCAGCAUGCAUCUGCCCUGUCAGGCUUCCCUGGCAAAGGGGUCGUUCUUUGAAGGGGUCGUUCUGCAGAGGGCCAGGGAAACGAUGCUCACGGAACCAGAUUGGUGGAUUUGACUUUCUGGUAGAAUUCUCUUACUUUAUUGAUUUUUUUCCCAGAGCUCUGAGAGGCUGGAGGUAUUGAUGGGACCGAAGGGCCUGGAAGGAAGGGAAGAAGCAUUUUCAUGCUGAAUGAAAACUAGACAAGUGACUGUUGGAGACUGAAAACACCUAAACGUCCCACAUCCGGAUUCAGCGGAGGAACUGUCACUGCUGGGGAGAAAGAAGCCAGACUGGAAAAGAAAACCCAAAUAAAGAGAAUGAGGGCCGCCGAAGAGUAAAUGGCCACCUCCACCUCGACAGAGACCAGGUGGAAUUAUUUUUUCCUUUAUGAUGGUUCCAAGGUGAAGGGAGAAGGAGAUCCAACCAGAGCUGGCAUCUGUUACUUUUUUCCCCCUCAGACCCUGCUUGACCAGCAGGAGCUGCUCUGUGGACAGAUCGCCGGGGUUGUCCACUGCAUUUCUGACAUUUCCGGCUCUCCUCCCACCAUCGUCCGUCUGCGGAAACUUAAGUUCGCCAUAAAGGUUGACGGCGAUUACCUUUGGGUGCUGGGCUGUGCUGUUGAGCUCCCUGACGUCAGCUGCAAGCAGCUUCUGGAUCAGCUCAUUGGCUUCUUUAAUUUUUACAACGGGCCUGUUUCUCUGGCCUACAAGAGCUGCUCUCGGGAAGAACUGAGCGGGGAGUGGGACACCUUCAUUGACCAGAUCCUGAGAAACACCGGUGACCUGCAUAAGAUAUUCAACUCCCUCUGGAACCUGGACCGAACGAAAGUGGAGCCCCUGCUGUUGCUGAAGGCGGCCCUCAUUCUGCAGACCUGCCAGCGCUCGCCCCAUGUUCUAGCCGGCUGCAUCCUCUAUAAGGGGCUGAUCGUUAGCACCCAGCUCCCACCCUCUGUCACAGCCAAGGUUCUGCUUCAUCGAGCUGCACGUCGGGACCAGAGAAAACCUCUAGGAGGGGAUGCCCUGGAGGAACACGGAGCAGCACUCCCUCCAAACGUCCAGAUUGUGCCUGUUUUCCUGACCGAAGAGGAAGCUGUCAGUCUCCGUGAGUUCCCCCGGGAGCCCACAACCAGCACUCUGGCAUCUCCAGCCAGACUCCCGAAGCCCCCAGCCCAGCGCCCUCCAAAGGGUUUGAACACAUCUGCCCCGAAAGAAAACGCCCCCAGACACUUGGAAUCCACGGCUCGGAUCUCAGCGACCAGCCCUGAGCCCACGUCUCCUGACGUCACCUGGCCAAAUGGCAGGGGGGAGAACGGACACUGGUCAGACUGUGAUCUGAAAAGCAUCAAGCCCCCAACACCGUACCACGCCGCCGGGGGCCGGGGGCCUGGGCUCGGCCUCUCCCUGGUGAAGGAAACCGGUUUGUCCAGGGGGGAAGAGGAACUGGACUUGUCUGAAAUCCACGUUCCAGAAGCUCAGGACACGGGAGCAUCCUUGGGUUAUUCUGCCUCCGCCGGCGGGCCUCCUGGCUGCAGGGCAUCUGUCAGUGACUCUGGCAACCCCGGAAGCCAGCCACCUGAGGCCCUGCCUGUGGGCACAGCCGUGGAAGGCCCCCUCCCUCCCUCCACUGCUGAGAUGCUCACCCAGAAUGGAGCCCUAGAACGGCCCAGAGACCUCCCUGGCAACAGCAGCCAAGCCCCCGUCCCCAGGGACCACCUCCUCAGCCCGACGAGCGGGCCGUUGCCGUCGCCUUGCUUGGAUUCGAGGCAGACGGGGUCUGAGCUGCCCGUGGGGGAACAAGGCGAGGGGCAGCACGGCGAUGGGGUUCCUGAGGGCCGCUCAGCCUCCAGCCCGGAACGCGCCUCGGGCUCGGCAGACCCCCCAGGCGACGGCCCCUGCGCAGACAGAACCGGAUCCAGGGCGACCCCCGUGUCCCUCGCGCGGCUCGUGCGGAUGAACCUCUACACUCACAGCGUCAGAGGCCUGGCGCUGCUGCUGCUGGCCGAGGAGCCGCUGCUGGGAGAUGGCGCGGCCAUCGAGGACGUGUACCACGGCAGCCUGGCGUCCCUCAAUGGGCUGGAGGUGCACCUGAACGAGACGCUGCCCCAGGACCAGGCGGCCCCCGCGGCCAGAACCUAUGGCUUCGCGCACUACGACCGCAUCCAGAACGUGCUGGCGGGCAACCUGCCACAGGUGGCUACAGCCCAGGACCGCCGCUUCCUCCAGGCCGUCAGCCUGAUGCAUUCCGACUUCGCCCGGCUGCCCGCGCUGUACGAAGUAACCGUCAGCUUCUCUUAUGAAACCGGUAGCAGAAAAGAAGGAAUGCCUCCACGGCUGUGUACGCCUGCUGCAGCCCUGUCCAGGAAACCUAUUUCCAGCAGCUGGCGCCGGCGGGGCGGAGCUCCGGCUUCCCGAGUCCGCAGGACAGCGCCUUCAGCCUCCCGGGCAAAGCCAAGCAGAAGCUGCUGAAGCACGGGGUGAACUUGCUUUGAACCGUGGGUUCGUGACCCCAGCAGAUGACUCUCACACCGAAUCCCAGCAAAGGAAGCUCUGCCUUGUUAAAUGGAAAAGUCCCACUAUUUUGUUUUCCUUGGAAUAGUCCCUCGUUUUUAGGAAUGUAAUGAUAUUUAAGUGUUUGUUGCCCCUUCUGCAGAUUGGCGUUGGAGGAGGUAGCUCUCCGGGUCAGCAGACCUAGAGCACAUGGUAAAGAACUUGAUGAUGUGGGCAGCACUGCGGCCAGACUGGGUGCCUUGGUCCUUACACCCAAGGGGCACAGGGCCAGUGAGCCCCCCGUCACACUGAGCCCCGGGCGCCUGACAUUUCUUGCUGCUGUUCCACCCCCGCCUUAACUAGGACCACAAAAUCCCAGGUUGGCAUCUUUUCUAGAACCUGGUUGGCCCUGUCUAGAGUAUUUGUCCAGCCCUGUCUCCAGGGGGCCGGUCUGAGGUGUGAGUACCCAGCCAGGAGGCAGAUUUGUCAGCGAGCAGACCAGAGCUCCCACUUCUCAGGUUACCUUGAGGGCAGUCCUUCUGGGAGGGCGGGACGCCUCGUGCAGUGAAGCAGUCAGGGAUGCUGAAAACACCUUGUUUGGAUCUUCUGGAACUAUAUUCAAAACGAGCAGCCUGUUCUUUGGCUCACCCGCAGUGGGGGCAGAUCUCAAUGACGUGGAAGGGAGUUUGGGGUGCCGGGACCGAGAGCUGGGUGACGACAGGCCAGACUGGGCCCCCUGGGUGGAAGUGGGCUGUGCUGCUGGUUCCUCCCGAGUGAGUGAGUGUCCCAAACGUGAGUUUCUAAAAGGUUUUGGUGCAAAAGCAGGACUGUGCUUUUCAGCGGUGGCUGCAUGAAAGGGAACAGCAUUCGUUUGUGUGUUUCUGGGCUGGAGUGGUACUAGAACAUCAGUUCUAUUACGUUAUAGCCUGACAUUUUAUGAUACGAUGCAGGUCACAGGAUGAAAAUAUUUCACAAAAUCCUAACCAGAUGUUUACUGGAAGUACCUGAGAUUCCAUUUGAAAAUUGUGAUGUUAAUAACUUCAUGUCAGUGAACCAUUAUCUCAUGUUUCUGACAUGGUGUCUUCUUCUUGAAACAAGUUUCUAAGGGCUAAAAAUAAAAAUAGCCAAAAACACUAAUGAGUUCUGAGUAACAGUAACAUCUCUAGUGACAAAGUAAGGAAAAAGGUAUCUAUGUAUAUAUGUACAUAUGUGUGUAUUUCACGUGGUCACGUUUCUCUUUGCCCUGCCUGAUCCAGCCUGGCCAGGUGAGGAAGAGCGCAUGACAGAACGGUCCGUGCGAGGGUGGCGCGCUGUCCCAGGGAGCACCAGCUUCAGCGUGGCUGGACCGCACGCCAGGCCCAUGCCACCCUUUCUGUCUCCUCUCUGGGGUCCCUCCUGCCACUGGCUGGCCUAAGAGGUGAGCUUCCCAGACGGAGGAGGACCACACCUCAAGCUAGGGGAAAUGUACAGUGUCCUACUUCUCUGCCUGAUUCUCCAAGGAAACGUCCCUUACAAAUCCCGGGGCCAAGCUCUCACGGAACACUCCCGUGACCGCCUUACACAGAACAUGUUCGCUUUCUGUCCUGAGGUAUUUCAAGCAUCCACACUUCUUUCCUCUUGCCACUGAUGCUCCAGAAUCGUGAGAUCUCCAAGUCCUGAGUUUGGUGAAAUUCUGACCUGUUACGUGUUGACACAGGGACAGAACCUGGAGCCCCUGAGCCCAUUUUCAUCUGCGCCCCCGGUACCUCGGCUAACUACCUGGGCUCAAGGACUCUUCCAAACAAGAUCUGCUUCACAAGGAAAUCUCCUGCCUGUCUCUGAGCCCUUUCCUGGCUGUCAGGCCAUUGGCAGAGCUUAAUCUCCUCUGUUUUGCUUUCAGAAACCUCUCUUCCCAUCUAAUUUCCCAGGGCUGCUGUUGAGCCUAAAAUGUGUGUAAUACAAAAUGCUUGUUCCUGAGAAUCAGUGCUCGAGGCAGCCCGGUGCUUCCCUCUGAGCUGAGUCUCAGCGAUCACAGGUGUGAGGUCCUGUGAUCUCGGGUCCGCACAGCAGAAUGUGAGACCUGCAUGUGACGGCCAUUUUAAAAUAAGUCCACAAUUUCUUUGCUACAAAUUAGGGACCUGAUUCUCCCCCUUGAAUGUGGGCUGUACUUAGUGAUUCGUUUUCAAUGACUAGAAUGUGGCAAAAAUGACAGUGUGACUUCUGAGAGUAGGUUAUGAAACAUCACAGCUGCCACCUCUCUCUCAGUUCACCUGUUUUGGGGAGAAGCUGACAUCCGGG